AAAAGCUUCUCUUACCGAAUCUCCGAAGGCGAAGAUUGUUCAAAGCGUUUUUGACGCACUCAUGCUUGAUAGAGAGAGAGAGUGAAGUGAUCAAAUUAAUACGAUCUCUAGAGUCGGUUACAUCUCAGGAGAUUCAAUCAUCAAUCUCUGAUUUUCUCCUCUCUCUCCUGGAUUUUUGUUCUCUUCAUGAUCGAUCAGUUUCUCUGCGGUCGCUUCCACGUUGUUCCAUGAAUUUGCAGCACGGCUGACGAAGAACAUCCUCGGAUUCUGUCCUGUUUCCUAGUUUCUUGAAAUUUCUCAGCCGGAGAAUUGUUCCGACAUAACUUUUGGUGUUGCUUGGUCGCUGAUUCUGACACUCCGCCGGGGAAUUAUGCCGUUGCCAUCGUCUUCUUCGUCUCCCUCAUCCACGAGGCCGAGGCCUCGUCUCGACCAGAGCCGUACCCUAAUUCCAGGCCUUCCCAACGAUGUCGCUGCGCUGAUUCUCUCCUUCGUCCCUUACCCUCAAAUCUCGCGCCUCAAAUCGACCUGCAAAUCGUGGUAUGCUUUUCUCUCCUCGAAAACCCUAAUCUCUCUCCGCCAUAAACGGAACAGGAACAGUCUCUCGCACCUCCUCUGCAUCUUCCCGCAAGACCCUUCGAUUUCUAAUCCCUAUCUCUUUGAUCCGGAAACUCUCUCGUGGUUAUCUUUACCCCCCAUGCCCUGUAACCCCCACGUGUACGGCCUCUGCAAUUUCGCCGCCGUGGCUCUUGGACCAUACAUCUAUGUCCUCGGUGGCUCCGCAUUCGACACCAGGUCGUAUCCGUUGGACCGACCGAUGCCGUCUUCCUCGGCAUUUCGGUAUAGUUUCGUGAAGUCGACAUGGGAAAGGCUGUCUCCGAUGCUCUCUCCUCGUGGUAGCUUUGCCUGCGCUGCCAUGCCUGGUUCGAACCAGAUCAUUGUGGCGGGAGGAGGGUCAAGGCACACAUUGUUUAGCGCUGCCGGGAGUAGGAUGAGUUCGGUGGAGAUAUACGAUGUUGAGAGGGAUGAAUGGAGGGCAAUGGAUGGAUUGCCUAGGUUCAGGGCAGGUUGUGUCGGAUUGUUGGUCCGGAAUGAACAGGAGAGGGAGUUCUGGGUGAUGGGUGGAUACGGGGGAUCGAGGACAGUGUCGGGGAUUCUUCCUGUGGACGAGUACUAUAGAGAUGCGGUGGUGAUGGAAUUGAGGAACAAUGACGGUGGCGGAAAAUGGCGGUUGGUUGGCGAUAUGUGGGGACAGGAAGAGAGGGCCAAGCUGGGUAAGAUUGCUGCCAUCGAUGACGAUUGUGGGAGUUCUGCCUUUUUCAUGUUGGACGGCAACCAGAUUCUCAGGUAUGAAAUGGCGCCAAACCUCUGGCAGAAGGAGUCGACUUUGCCACGGAGAGUUCCUUGUGAAAAAUCUUCCGGGUUUGUUGCACUGAAUGGCGAGUUGCACGUUAUGACUCUUCUGGAGGGCUUUAGCUCUUCAGACACGUCUAGCCAGACGAGAAAGCAGAGAAAGGGCAACAAAUCAAUGAUGAUUCAGAUCUACCAUCCUAUGAAAAGGACUUGGAGAUCCAUCGUGUCGAGGGUACCAUUCAUCAAAGAACUCGAUUUCAGGACCUCAGUCAUGUGCACCAUUCGCGUGUAAAGGCAGCGAGAACUCUGAUGAUGCCCUUUCGCAUAGCCCAGUUGUUUCUCAUAUACGGUCAUGUAGAUACGAUAUUGGUAUUUUUAGCGUAUGUUUUACUUUGCAUUUGUCUGUGUAGACCGAAAACUUGUCCGAUACAUUGGUUAACGGGAAGAACUCCAAAUCUGGUUUACGAUGUAUAUGAUAUGGUUUUGUAUA